UAAUUGUGACAGAAACCUGUUUGCCCACUUCAAAUUCUUGCCUCCACAUUUUUCUUAUUGCAAAUUUUAUGUGAAUUUCAUCUCACUAUUGUCUCCAGAAGCAGAAAUGGCAACUGGGCUCUCUCAAUUCAAGGCUAAAACGAGUCUUUUAACCCACACCAGAAGCCGGCGGACGGUGGUUCACUGCGCGGCGGUGGUUUCUGUGGAGCAAAACCACUCUUUCUGGGCUACAAUUGAAGCCGAUAUUGAAGCUUAUUUGAAGAAGGCUAUCCCAAUUAGGUCGCCGGUGACUGUCUUUGAGCCUAUGCACUACCUCACUUUCGCCGCUCCAAGGACGACGGCGCCGGCACUGUGCAUUGCGGCGUGCGAGCUUAUGGGCAAUGACCGCGGCCAUGCUAUGGCGGCGGCGUCAGCUAUUCAUCUGAUGCACGGGGCGUAUCAUGCUCACGAGCACCUGCCAAUCACGGGCAGGCCCAUUUACAAACCCGAAAUCCAACACGAAUUUGAGCCCAGUAUUGAGCUUCUUACAGGAGAUGGUAUGGUUCCAUUUGGGCUGGAGCUUUUGUCCAGGUCCAUGGACCUGGCCCAAAACCACAACCCGGAUAAGAUCCUACGGGUUAUUAUCGAAAUAACCCGGCUCGCCGGCUCAGAGGGGAUGGUGGACGGCUUGUACCGUGAAUUGGAACUUAAUGACUCAAAUAUCGAUAUGGGGAUUAUUGAAUAUGUUUGCAAGAAAAAAGAAGGUGAACUGCAUGCAUGUGGAGCCGCUUGUGGAGCCAUAUUGGGGGGUGGAGCCGAGGACGAAAUUGAGAAAUUAAGGAAAUAUGGGCUCUAUGUUGGAACAAUAAAGGGAAUGCAAAAUGGAGUAGGAAAAGAUAAUAAGGGAGUGGAAGAAAAGAUUGAGAAAUUGAAAAUAUUAGCUCUUAAGGAGUUGGAAAGUUUGAAGGGGAAAAAAAUGGUGUCGAUUUCUAGCAUCAUUGAGCCUAGUCUUGUCGUCAUCUAAAGCCUAUAAAAGGUGUAAAAAGAGGGUAGACGAUCAUGGAACUUUGAUAGUGCAUGAAGAAAAUGAGGAGCUAAGAACUAGGACGACAUAAUUCAUGGUGCUUGAAAAUAUAGGAUGGAAUGAGAAAAAUAGAAUGUACCCUUUAAGGGUUUGAAAUGACUUUUCCACUCAACUAUGUGACUUGAGGUUCCUAAGUUAGGUUACAAUAAUGUGAUGUUAAUUACAUAAUUGUAAUUUGGUACAUGGAGAAACAUGGAGAGAAAGCAAACGUUAUAUGUGUUAUGUUACUAUUGCAUUUUCCAUUUGAAAUUUGGAGUCUUUGCAAAAGCUAUUUUAUUUUGAGGAAAUUACUCAAGAAAGUAUCCUAACCUUUAAAGUUUCAA